CUAGUACAGGUAGUCCUGGCUCUAUUGACCGUGUGCAUGAUGCGUGUCUUUGCAUGCUAGCGCUCUAUAGUCGUGCCUGCGGGGCCCAAGAAUUUGACAGGGAAUGCAAGUCACAUGACCCCCUAGAUAGUCUCAAGUUGGUUUAGCCACGAGGUAUACGUGUUGGUAUAUUUUGUAUACCAGGUAUGCAUUCUCAGCCAUGGGUCGACCAGGUAAUGUGUGUAUACCUUGUGACUGAGACGCACAGCGUGACCCGAGGCUAGUGUGAAAGUUUUACACGCACAAUGUUAGAGUGGACUGGUCAAUAGCUGACCAGUGGUCAGACAUACAGACUUCUGAAAAGAACCUGUUCUCAUGCUGGGUUAUAAAUAGCAUUCCAAGUGACACGUGAGGGAUUUAUAUAUAUGUACAAGGCCAACCAAACAUCAUGUCCAUUUCACCUACAUCAGAUCAGGCUAGAAAAAACAGCAUAUCUCACUCCUCCAGUUCAGGUGAAGAAGAAGAUGAAAGCCCCACGAAAGCUACAAGAAAGUCUACUGUUCACAAAAAGGCAAUUGCAGACGACAAUGGAAAUAUUGUGACCCCACUACGAACCACCAGAGUAACAAGAAGUAAAGGAGCACCUCCUUCAGGGAAAACUCCCGGCUACAUCACUUCGAAGAAGAGUGACAGUAAGACAGAGAUACAAAAGAAAGGAAAGGAAAUACCAGUAGAGGAUGAAAGUAGUGAGGAAAGCGAGGAAGAGGUGAAUGAGGAAGCUGAAAUGAAGAAUGAACCCUGUGAUAUGGUGGUAUUUUAUACCGAAAAGUCGGAUGAAAAUGUAGACAAUUCCGAGGAUAAGGUAGAUAUUACUGAAAACAUUCCCAAUGAUGAUGAUUCCUCAGAUCAGGAAAAAUCUGAGAAAGAUUCGAGUGAUGAGGACCAGGAUGCUAAACUUUCGAAAAAGGAUUGCACAUCUGACAAUGAAACUGAACAAUUAGUUAUUGACAAAACAAAGAAAAAUGAAACAAAAGGAAAAAUCAAAGAUGUUUCAUCGGAUGAGGAAACUGACCAUUUGUGUGGUAAAGGUGAUGUAAGUGAAACGUUGGAUAUUGAAGUUAAAAACAGCGAGAUGAAGGAAGGAGAAAUGGAAGAAAACGAAAACUCUGGUGACAACGACCUUCACAGUGAUUGCAAAUCGGAGAAAGCUGAGGACGAGAUCGAAGAUAAAAAUUCAGAAAAUAAUGAAAGUGACAAGGACGAUGAUGAAAUUAUGGAGCUAGAUGAGGAAGACGAGGGGCAGCUUUGUAUCGACGAGGCAAGUGAUGAUGGAGAAACCAAGAAGGAAGUGAACAGUCAAGGGGAGAGCACUCUGAGUAAAGGGUUCAGUAGCUCUCUAAAGGACAGGACAUGUGAGUUCUGUGCAGUUGUAAAGAAAAGUCCAGCAGACCUCCAGCGGCAUAUCCGCAAACACACCGGGGAACGUCCGUUCAAAUGCAAGAUGUGUAGUCGAAUGUUUAAAGCCAAGCGUAGUCUCCAGUACCAUCAGUUCAUGCAUCACGGCAUUAAGAGUGAAAACAGUAACAUAUCUCAAAAGUACUCUCUGAUGCGGAAACGCAAACUAGAGAUGGACCAGUUACGAGCUGAGCUCAUCUCGCCUGACGGAACCAAGCGUUUCAAAGGGGACGACUCGCCGGAGGUGACGCUGAUGGAUGGCAUGACCAGGCAGGACGGGAAGGACUCGAGCACGAGUCCCGAGAGUGGUGCCGACGUGGAGAGUCAGAGUGACCGCACAUGCUACGUGUGUGGUAAACUCUGCCUCAAACCCAGCGACCUCAAACGACACAUGAUGUGUCACACAGGGGAGCGUCCGUUUAAAUGUGAUAUAUGUGGUAAACCAUUUCGUGCCAAGAACAGCAUGCUGUACCACAAAAAGUCUGCCCAUGGAUUUGACAUUGAGCUCAGUCCAGGCCUCGAAGAGCGUUUCCUCCGACUGAAAAAGCAAAACAAUCUCAAUUCUAUAGCAUUAAAAAUGGCUCAUCCCAACCUGCAGGACACUCCGAAACCUCAAAUUCCCAACAGUUCUGAAAUGGAUCUGGAAGACAUGGACUCUGACGAAACAUCGUCCUUACACAACGUAGACAGUUACACAAUGGAGGAGAGUAAUAAAGUCUUCUACAGUUGUGGCUACACAAACUCCUAUCAGGACGACGAGGUCGAGCUAGACGAGUCGACAGGGUUGUUCAAACAUAAGAUAUCAAACGGAGGUCAGGGCAAGUUGGCAAAUCCUAUCAACAUGUCGGAAAACUCAGAUGACGUGUUGAUGAAUUCGGACAACAUGGAUCCACCGGACAUCACCGACAUGAUCAAAGACGGAACCAGUAUGGUCGGGGCUGAGAUCAUCCAUGGGUCUCACUUCACUAAAAGUAGAAUCAGCAUCCGCAACGAAACAGUGCUCAUCACACGGCUGGAUGGUGUUAACCUAGCCACCGGUAAAGAGACGAGCCUGUACAAAUGCUACCUGUGCGGAAAGGUGUUUAAUUUCUUGAGUAAAGUGCAGUGCCAUUUGUCAAUGCAUUUCGAAAAAGAUAUUGUGAUUUUCCAGUGCCAGUUAUGUAAAGCCUCAUUCUGGUUUAAGAACCAAGUGAUGCAGCACAUUCGUAAAAGACAUCCGUCUGAGGUUGACAAUGUCAGUAAAAGACAUGAGAGUGAGUGUAAGAAUAACGAUGCUGACAACGACACAUCCAAUUCCGACAUGGAUUCCGGAAUUCAGGUGAAGUCGGAAGGAAACGAUGAGAAUAGCGAUGAGAGAGAGGGAAGUUCGUCCCCAGCUGAGAACAAGAUCAACAAUGCCAGUAUAUUCAAGAAGGAUAACGAGGAUCGUGGAAACGAUGUGUUGUGUCGAUUCUGGCGUGGAUUGAAAUAUCGCAAGAACAGUAAUGGUUCCUAUGUGUGCCUAGUGUGUCGUAAGUCAUUCCACAGGGAGAUUUCCCUACUCAAACAUAUCAAGAUACACAGUGGCCACAAACAGUGCUAUUGUCAGGAGUGUGGUAAAGGUUUCACAGAGUUCACUUCUCUGCGGCAACAUCUGACACUAUUCCAUGGCCUCAAAGACAACCACCAUACACUUAAACCCCAUAUCAAACCCUCCACAAAACAUUCACUUCUGUCAAAUCUUCUAAGUAAGAAGGCAGGCAAACAACCUGACGCAGACGUCCAUGACUCCACGCGUCAGUCACAUGAGGAACGUGCCCGUGAGUUACUCAUCAAGGAAGGCAUACAGGAGGAUGUCACUGUGGUGAUGCCCUGUGGCCCAGAUGAUGACCCAGAUAUUGACAUGGAUGAUGGUCCCCGUCUGUUAGAUGUUUGGUCAGAGCGUGACUCGGAGGAGAGUAGUGAGGCUAACAGCCAAGACGGGCUGGUCACUGCGAUGAUACCGAGGCGCUCAUUAGGCAAGGAAACGAAUAAGUCCAAGCGCAAAUCGUCUCAGCCGGUGAAGCUCCAAAAUGCCUCCAUCCCACCUCCUGCUCCAUUACAGGUGUCCAUUCCUACCCCAGCACCAGCUGCCGCCUUCCAAAUCCCCACCCGACUCCUCAUCAACAGUGAGGCCGCUCGAGCUGCUGUUGCCACCUUGCCAGAAACAUCAGAUCUCCCUGGUGGCGUACAGAUAAAACAGGAACCAUUGUCCCCAAAGGCCGACUUGCCUCCCACAUCUGCUCCAACAUCUAACUUCAUCUCUGCAAAUCCACAAGUCGCUCAGUUCCUGAUGAACCCCGGCCAAAUGAUCCUAACGAGUGGCAGUGGCUCUACCUCUGGCCAACCACAGCCUAUGAUGCUUCUCUCAAACUCGGCCUUCCCCUCCCCCAUCCCUGGCAACAUCAUUGGUAUGGUGCAGGUUGCAAACUCAGCCAAUCAAAUUUCAGCGAAGGAACCCCUGCCCACAGACAGCUCUACUCCAAUGUCGUCUGACCCCUCCCCCAUCAACUCGGACGGUAAUGACCGGGACAUGCUGGUGGGGUACCCACGCGUCCAGUGGUCGCCAAACGAAACUCCUCCUACCUCAGGCUCUGGCUUCACCUGGAGCCAGAUAUCUGCUGACGGGCGCAAAGUUACCUCCCUUUCUCGUACACACUCAAGACUACCCAUUGUGAAUGCUCCGGUCAACAGGGACAAGGUCUGUAAGCCUAUGACCUUGACUGAUGGCCGCCAGGUGUACAGAUGUCCGUUCUGUAGCAAGGACUUCCUCUCCUACUCCGACAUCAACAGACAUAUGGACUUCCACGAAGAUAUCCGGCCGUAUAAAUGCAAGUUCUGCGACUACUUUGCACGCACCAACAGUCAACUCAAGGUUCACAUGAUGAGGCAUCAAGGUAUACGCGAGUUCUGCUGCAAAGUGUGCAACUAUAAGGGGGUGACACAGUCCGACUUGAACCGCCACAUGAAGUCCCAAAUACACAUCCUUAAGUCACGCAACGAGUGCAACCACUGUGGCGAGGGUUUUGUCACACAGAAAAAUCUGGAGAAGCACCUCGACGGCAACUGUAUUAUAAAAGUUACAAAAAUGGAGGACGCUUCUGAAUUCUGUUGACUGCUCGCGCCAAAUUAACAGAUUAAUUUUGUGAUGUGAAAUAUUUCCAUUUCCUUUUAAAAACUAAAACAUGCCAACAAUACCUCAGUAUUCUAGAAGAAAGUCUUAGCAGCUGACAACAGAUAUAUCCAGUCUUCUUGCAGUGAGGACGUUUUGCUGAGGUGUCCCAAUGGAGGAAAUUAGCCUAAGACUUGCAUAGGGGUUACUGUUAUAGGAAGUAACAGUUUAUAUCGGUAUUUUGAUUGAAAAAAUGCGAGGAUACCUCAGAAAGACGAGGAGACUGGGAGCACAUACAUUCGUGAUCUUGAAAACUGGUGAAAAUAAGGGGCAUAGAGUAAUUGUAUGGAAGCAUUAAAUAGAAUUAACUGAAAAGGGAGGUAAUUAUGAGAUUUUGUAUAUUGUGUAUCUUACGGAGGAAGUUUCAGAUUGUUAUUUUCGCCACUCAUGGACCUGUUAAAGAUAUAUGUAGAUGUGUAUAAUAGUGGAAUGGAUGACUGUGUAAAGCAGCAUUGCUGUGGAGGGAUCAUUGUAAUUGAUACAGAGGCAUAUUGACAAGACAUAAUUGAGUUAGUUUUCAUGAUGUCUGGUCCCGUAUGUGAAAAAGCAUGCUCAAUUUAAUUUUGUGUAUUUGCUAUUAACAACUUUUGUUUUGUUGAAAUGUUUUUUUUUAUAUAUAUAUUCUGAUGGGGACCAUUUAUUUUAAAUACUAUACAGAGAUUUUGUAAAUACAGAAUGUUGACAUUAACAGAAAAAAUCAUGAUAUACUUGUAUAUGUACAUAAAAAACACGACUCCCCACUACAGUUAACAUACAGAUAGACUAUAAUAGCUGUACUAGUGAGCACCUUACGUAUCUCUUGUCACUUCUUAGUAAAACAUCGGGGCCUUUAUGAUAUCUGGAACAACUGAUUUAUAUACUUUU